ACAAGCGCAUGCGCAACCGACGUGUGCACAAGCGCACAAAAGACAAGACAAUCGCAGAAGCAAGACAACAACAAUAACAACAACGACGAAUACAAUACCAGACAGCAAAUUGGUAGACAACGGUAACGACAAAAUACAAAAUAUUUUUGCAGUACAAUUCAGUUGGUGAUGUGCAACAAGCGGCAACAGAAGGUGUACGAGCUGCGCGCUAAAGCUCCAAACGACGAUCCAAGCGAGGAUCUUUGCUGUGUACCAAGAAAUUUAAGCGAGCAACGUAUUGCAUUUAAAUAAAAUCCACAUUUACAUACAUGUACAUAUGUAUGGUGAAUGUGUUGAAUAGCAAAAAAAAAAAAAAAAACAACAAAGUUGUGCCGUGUCUGUGUUGAAGUUUCGUUGUGAACAAAUUAUUUUUGUAUAUUCAAUAUAACGGAUUGCGACAUAAAAAAACACACGUGAAUACAUAUACAUAUUGAAAGCGAGUGAAGAAGUGGUGUUAAUUUACAGAAGAAAAAAAAAUUAUAAUAAUAGUGCGCAUUGUUGUUGUUUUUCGCAAAAGUUUACUGCAAAACGAAAGUGAAACUAAUAUUAGCUGGCUUAAGUGCUGCAAUUUGCAAGCGUGUUUUGAUCUGCCUCAAUUGUUGAAUCAAUCACAACAACAAAGACAACGCAUGUGAUGCUGUAAUAAGCACAAAUGCAUAAUUGUUGCUUUCUGCUGAAACCAAUAACAAUUUACACAUUCACUUCGUAGAAAAUUAAAUACGAGUGUGGCAAAUAAAUCAAUAAAGUUAAUAACUGAUCAAAUAGCUAAAAUUGCAACAAACAACCGUUAAGUGCAUGCGAUCAAAAAAUACUACAACAAAAAGUGGUUAAAUUUUGUGCGCGAAUCACUUUCAUUUUCGUUGCCAGCAAAAGGUUUCGAACGCAUCAUUUGAAGGCCACUGUAGUGCUCUUUCAUCAUACGGUAGUUGCCAAGUGUCAGGCAUUCAUGGCCAAUUAACAAGCCAACCGACAACGACGACGACGACGAGCGACGAGCUACAACAAAAACGCGUCACUGCCUGAAAUUGCAACAUUUAUAAGUGUUGCUUGCUUACGGUUUGGCCGGUUUCGAAACUGAAACUGUCGUUUGGAACUACCCAGCAGCCAGUUGCAGGAUUUCCUCGGCGCUAAAGUGCAAAAAUCUCACACAACACUUCCGGCACUCAAAUUCCAAUUACUUAUCUCGUUAGACACGCUGCGGCGUUAGCUAACAAAAAAAAAAAAAACAACAAAAAAAAUAAAAAUAAAAUAAAAACUCACGCAACAACAAACGGAGUUAUAACAUUAUAAAUUAUUUUCGAGCAAAAGGCAACGGCAAAUCGAACAAAACGGCGUCUAAACGCUAACCACAUUCGACAAAAUGCGUUUCGCCACAACCUAUCUGCUUCUGUGUGGUGCGCUUUCUGCUACCUUUUUUGCCCAACAAAUCUGUCAUGCGACCAAGGUCGAUUCGGAUGAUGACUAUGAGCCGCGUCACUUGACCAACGAUCAAUCCACUUUUUUUCAGUCGCAAUCGGACUCACCAUUCUCACACGACUACGCGAGGGAUGAUGGUGCUGUACGACGAGUGGGACGUGUGGAAACUAAUAGGGUGAAGCAAUUUAAUCGCUUGCAAAUCAACACCGAAACAAAGUAUUCCGAUUCGGAUUCUUCUGAUUCGGAGUCGGAAAGUCGAGAUGCCGGCUCGGAGGAUGAUGAAGAUGAUGAUGAUGGAGACGAGUAUUAUGAGGAUAGUGGUGAAGAAAGCAGCACAGAUAGCAGUAGUGGUGAAACAUUGCCACGUUUGUUGUCGCAAUCGGCUUUUAAUCGCAUUUCCGAAACUUUGGGUGCACUCAAUACAAUGGGUCAUUUGUUGGUUGACAUAACGCGAGGUGGGCACGAAACCAAACCAGAAAUCCAUGAAGAACCAAUAGUGAAUGACGCAAGUUCUGGUGGUCUUGCUUCAACUACAAAAACGUUUAGUACUACGAGUGCAACAACUACUACGACAACAACAACAACUCCAUCUAGGAAAUUCAAUGAUAUCAGCCCGACAGCAAAAAUUAUCGCACCACUGCCACAUGAGAGCAAUCUAAUAACAGAACAGAAAGUUACGGACUUGUUGACUGCUGAUAAACGUGUGGGAGAAACAGGCACAGCAGCUAAGCCAAUGUUUGUGGAGACUAAAGAAACCAAGAAGAAGAAGAAGAAGAAGAAGAAUCGCAAUAAGGUAAAGAAACCUGCUGCAGACUCAGCACUCAGUGGCACAAACGGGCAAUUACAACACUUAAAUAAAGUAUCAACCACAUUAAGACCGACGACCUCAACGACAGUGUCGACAGUUACACAAUCCAUAGAUCGCGUUGAUCAAGUGGCUGCAACUACUGAAGAUGUUUCAGCGAAAGAUGCGGAGAACUUUUGUAAAACACCUAGUGGACGACCCGGACGUUGUGAAGAUUUAAGCAGCUGCCCUGCGUUGCUAUUGAACUUGAGUAGCCUACGCGAGUCACUCUGCUUUAAGAGCCUUUUCGUGCCGGGUGUGUGUUGUCCCUUAUCGGAGUCUUCAACAGUCGUUACGACACAACGACCACUCAAGCUGACAACGAAAGCGCCUACCACGGCACUCACAACGAAACGACCCACAACACAAAAACCAGCUUCAGCACCAAGUUUGGUUUUAAUACCACAACUGAAACCUUCUACUACCACAACAACAACGACGCAAAACCCAUUAGCUAAUGAACUGGAACUUUUGGGCAAUAACAAUAUCGUGGACCCAGAAGAGUGUGGACAGCAGGAAUAUUCAUCGGGUCGUAUUGUGGGUGGUGUUGAAGCGCCAAAUGGUCAAUGGCCAUGGAUGGCGGCAAUCUUUUUGCAUGGACCCAAACGUACCGAGUUCUGGUGUGGUGGUUCGCUCAUCGGUACGAAAUACAUUUUGACCGCUGCGCAUUGCACAAGAGACUCGCGACAGAAACCUUUCGCAGCGCGACAAUUCACAGUGCGACUAGGCGAUAUUGACCUCUCCACCGAUGCUGAGCCCUCGGCACCGGUCACAUUUACUGUGAAAGAAGUGCGUGCGCAUGAACGUUUCUCACGUAUCGGCUUCUAUAACGAUAUCGCCAUUUUGGUGCUAGACAAGCCAGUGCGUAAAUCCAAAUACGUUAUACCGGUUUGCUUGCCGCGCGCCGGACGUGCUCCACCCAAAGAGCGUCUGCCGGGACGUCGUGCGACGGUAGUUGGUUGGGGCACCACCUACUAUGGCGGCAAGGAAUCGACCACGCAACGUCAAGCUGAACUGCCUAUUUGGCGCAACGAGGACUGCGAUCGUUCGUACUUCCAACCGAUAAACGAGAACUUUGUAUGCGCCGGCUACUCGGAUGGUGGCGUGGAUGCAUGUCAGGGCGACUCUGGUGGUCCACUUAUGAUGCGCUUUGAGUCGCGUUGGGUGCAACUUGGCGUUGUGUCGUUCGGCAAUAAAUGCGGCGAACCUGGUUAUCCAGGUGUUUACACAAGGGUUUCACAAUACUUGGACUGGAUUCGUGAUCAUACGCGUGAUUAGAUGUUGCUAACAAUUAAUUUUGUUGUCGAAAAUGUUAUUUUAGUUGUAAUUGUUUUUUUUUAACUAAUUUAAAUACUGUUACGAAUCACUAGUCUACAUAAUUUUUUAUGUGCAACGCGUAUUUACAUAGUUCCGAUAUUUAUUAACCUUCCGAAGAAAACCCAUAUUAGUUUGUAUAAAAUGCAUAAAUUAUUGA